AAUGGGUGAUGGUUAUAUUUCCUAGUUUCAAGGCGCAUAUGCAUCUGUAUUAACACGAUGAAACAUUUGGUGGUCUUUCCUUGUUCCUAGCUCCUUAUUACUCAUCCAUUUUUACUAUUUGUCUCACAUUAUUCUUAUAAAGUUUUUUCUUCUCAUCGCUUUCUCUUUUGAUAGCUAUAAAUUUUCUCUUGAUUUUUUUUUCUACACGCAUGGGUUGCUAAUCUUGAUCCGUAUUGACGGAACGUAAUCAUCCUCCUAGCAAGCUAGGUAGGUACCUGAGAAGAUGACGACAACAUAUACCCCAAAGAAUAUUCUGAUCACCGGAGCAGCCGGAUUCAUCGCCUCCCACGUCGCCAACCGCCUCAUCCGGAGUUACCCCGACUACAAGAUCAUCGUCCUCGACAAGCUCGACUACUGCUCUAGCCUCAAGAACCUCCACCCCUCCCGCGCCUCCCCCAACUUCAAAUUCGUCAAAGGCGACAUCGCCAGCGCCGACCUGGUCAACCACCUCCUCAUCACCGAGUCCAUCGACACCAUCAUGCACUUUGCCGCCCAGACCCACGUCGACAACUCCUUCGGCAACUCCUUCGAGUUCACCAAGAACAACAUCUACGGCACCCACGUCCUCCUCGAGGCGUGCAAGGUUACCGGCCAGAUCACCAGGUUCAUCCACGUCAGCACCGAUGAGGUCUACGGCGAGACCGACGAGGAUGCGGUGGUCGGGAACCAUGAAGCCUCACAGCUCCUCCCGACCAACCCGUACUCCGCCACGAAAGCGGGCGCUGAGAUGCUGGUCAUGGCUUAUGGCAGGUCAUACGGGCUGCCCGUCAUAACGACACGUGGCAACAAUGUGUACGGCCCGAACCAGUACCCGGAAAAGUUGAUCCCAAAGUUCAUCCUCUUAGCAAUGCAGGGAAAGACUCUCCCCAUCCACGGGGACGGAGCCAACGUACGGAGUUACCUCUACUGUGAGGACGUGGCCGAGGCUUUCGAUGUCAUCCUUCACAAGGGGGAGGUGGGCCAUGUCUACAACAUAGGGACGAAGAAGGAGAGGAGGGUGAUUGACGUGGCGAAUGACAUAUGCAGGCUUUUCAAGAUGGAUGGGGAGAAGAGCAUUGAGUUUGUAGAGAACAGACCCUUUAAUGAUCAGAGAUACUUUCUUGAUGAUGAGAAGCUGAAAAAUCUGGGGUGGUCAGAAAGGACUGUUUGGGAGGAUGGUUUGAAGAAGACUAUAGAAUGGUACACACAGAACCCUGACUGGUGGGGGGAUGUCUCUGGCGCUUUGCUUCCCCAUCCCAGAAUGCUCAUGUUGCCUAUUGAAAUAGAAAGGACCCUUGAUGGUGAUGAGAAUAAGUCCAACCCAAACGAGGCACGAGCUUAUAAGUUCUUGAUCUAUGGCAGAACUGGGUGGCUGGGAGGUCUUCUUGGGAAGCUCUGUGAGAAAGAAGGGAUCUGCUAUGAAUAUGGCAGGGGAAGAUUGGAGUUCAGGUCACAGCUUUUGGCUGACAUUCAGUCAGUGAGGCCCACCCAUGUGUUCAAUGCUGCUGGGGUUACUGGGAGACCAAACGUUGACUGGUGUGAAAGUCAUAAGACUGAGACAAUCCGGACCAACGUGGUGGGGACACUGACUUUAGCAGAUGUGUGCAGGGAGAAUGGUCUCUUGAUGAUGAACUUUGCAACUGGUUGCAUAUUUGAGUAUGAUGCUGCUCACCCUGAAGGUUCUGGGGUUGGGUUUAAGGAGGAAGACACACCAAACUUUGCUGGUUCUUUCUAUUCAAAGACCAAGGCCAUGGUUGAGGAGCUCCUAAAAGAGUAUGAAAAUGUUUGCACACUCAGAGUUCGCAUGCCGAUAUCUUCAGAUCUAAACAAUCCUCGCAACUUCAUCACGAAGAUCUCCCGUUAUAACAAGGUGGUAAAUAUUCCCAACAGCAUGACUGUUUUGGAUGAGUUGCUUCCGAUUUCCAUAGAGAUGGCGAAGCGCAACCUCAGAGGAAUAUGGAACUUCACCAACCCUGGGGUUGUCAGCCAUAAUGAGAUUCUGGAGAUGUACAAGAAGUACAUUGAUCCAGAUUUCAAAUGGAGCAACUUCACUCUGGAAGAGCAGGCAAAGGUGAUCGUUGCAGCCCGGAGUAACAACGAGAUGGAUGCUUCAAAGUUGAAGAAAGAGUUCCCUGAGUUGCUUUCAAUUAAAGAGUCACUGAUCAAAUAUGUUUUUGAACCAAACAGAAGAACCACUACAUAAUAAUAGUAAGAUGACAGACAACAUUGUUGAGUUCUGUGGAUGGCGGAUUUCAGUUUCAAGUCCCCAUCUGUUUAGUUAAUUCAUUCUUAGCAUAAAUAAGCUUCUUCUUUUCUCCCCUUCCUCAAUCCUCUUCUUUGAGAACUGAGAAUGCUACUCAGUGAGCCUUGGAUACACUUUCUUUUUUUCUGUUUCAAACUAUUAUCAUGCAAGAGUGUGAUUCAUUUGUCACUUUACAUUAUUUUAGUGCAGUUGCUUUUUGAAGUGGAAUCAAAUUCCUUUGUCAGUGGAAUAAAGAUUUG